ACCGGCGCUCGGCGAUCUGUCAUGGCGACGUUCGGUCGGUGGUGUACAUUCUGUGCACAGUAAAACAUAAAUAAUGAUUCUUAGAAUGAAUAUUUCAUUAAUGUGCGUUAGAAAAGCCCGUGCUUAUUCCAAAAUAUCAUGAUUAACGCGUGAGAUAUAUAAUUUAGGGUUAAGUGUGCUUUAAAAUGGACAAGAAAAAUGCCAUUCGGAGAGGCAAAAGGCCGUCCAAAGUGCUCGAAGAAAAUUAUUGGGAUUGUAGCGUUUGUACAUACAGGAAUAACGCCGAAGCUUUCAAGUGCUCAAUGUGUGACGUUAGAAAAGGUACCUCCACCCGCAAGCCGCGCAUCAACCCGGCGCUGGUGGCGGCGCAGGCGGCGGGGACUGCGCCCACCAGCUCACAGAAGCGGCCGCGCUCCGCCAACUCGCUCAAGAAGAAGCGCCGCCCGCCACGCCUCAACAACGUGGACAGAAGCUCUGCACAGACCAGAGAGGUAACCGUCAGCGGUGUGACAGUUGUGAUAACAGAGUACAAGCCCAAGAAGUCCGUCGCCAGCAGCUCCAGUGACGUCGAGUCGUCCAACGACGCGCAGCCCUGAUCUCUCGCUCACGCUCACCACACUCCGCAUCUAUCUGUCUCUCACAACCGCCAGGUAACACCUUCCACCAGGCGAUCAUGAUACGUCGGAUUACCAUUCUAUACCUUCCUAGGCCAGUGCACAUAAGAUAUCACUACAUUUCGACAUGAUAGAAAGGUAAAUGUAGACCAAUAGCAGCGGAUUUAAGUGAGCCCUUGAUUACAAUCUCGCCUGAUGGUAUGUGAUAUGAAACGGGGUAAUUUGUUAGAAGGAGAAUGAAAAUCUACACCACUUUCGCCUUGGCCUUUCUACAUGACAUAGUACCGGAACGCUAAAUCGCUUGGCGGUACGUCCUUGCAGGCAGUAGAGUGGUAACUAGCCAAGCUGAAGUUUCGCACCAACCAGACUUGGGCCAAUUAAGAAAAUCUCCAUCGGCCCAGCUGGGAAUCGAAGCCAGGACCUCCUUCUAUUUAUCGAUAUUUCAAAUCCACCGCUAUUGGUCGACAAUGUCUCUUAAUCUUCACAGGAUAUUUAUCGUUGACACAUGCUAUGCCUAGCUGCGACCAUCGACAAUUAUCUCGUGAAGAUAAAUGGAUAUAAUAUCAACCAAUGGCGGCAGAGUGGUCCUAGUUUUAUCUCUUUCGUCUCAACGUAAUGAAAGAGAUAGCGAUAUUUCCAGUUGUGUCGCUAUUGGUUGGUAUAUUUGUCUAUUUCUGUUCACGAGAUAUGUCGUUGACGCCCGCUCGAUCUGACGGCUUAUGUCAUAUUUUAAUAGAAGUAUAUCAAAGCGGAUUGUUGAAACUCUUAGUACGUCGAGGGUAGAUAGAGAAUGGUAAUGGUAAAAAAUAUUUACAACUAUGAAUAUAGUUUUUUUUUUAGUGAAUAAUUUGCGCUUGAGCUUUGAAAACUUGAAUGUUUGGAAAAAUUUAAGAUUAAUUUUUUAAAUUUCAGUUUCUAAAUAUUAAUUAAAUUAACUGUGAAUUUAAAUCUAGUUAUCUGUACUAAAAUAUCACAAAAUUAGUAUAUAUACUAUUAGGUGCCUAGACUAUAAGUUUAUUUAAUUAAAUGUUUUACUUAAAAUGAAAAAAUAACGUUCUUCCAUGUAGAACGUUGUGAUUGUAUGAAAAUUAAAGCAAUACUUUUAGCCUUGAAAAUUAAUUUAAAUAUUUAUUUGAUCCAUUUUCAAGUUUUCAAAGGUCGUGAAUCAUUUUAGUUUUAACUUCGGUGCGUAGUAUUUAUUUUAAUGAUAAACUAAUUUAAAUUAAUAAAAUAAUAAUGAUAAACUAAUUUAAAUUAAUUAAAUUAACACAAAGCUGCCAUGUACGAAAUGCUUUGAACAUAAUUUAUUUGGAUUGCAUGUUACGGACCAUGUUGAAUUGUGUGCUUUCAGAGUAAAAGUUGGUGCGUUUUAAAAUUAUGUCCUCCUGUCGUGUGCAAACAGAGGGUAGAAAUGUAAAACAUGUUUGUAUAAUAAACGUCAAACGUUUAGUCCACUCUGAAGUUGCUUCACGAUGAACUGCGUAACUAUACGUCUUGAGUUCAAAGCGGACUAGAAGUUUGUCGUAUACUUUACUUCUAGGAUUUACUUUAUAGAUACGGUUGAUACAGUUGCAAAAGUGAUUGCUAGUGAUUAUUAUGCGAUUGUACAUUUUAUCGUGCCAUGAGGGUCAUUUUGACUUUUUGGUAUGUCGCGUCUGCAUACUUCAGUAGGUCUUACAUGGGACUCACGACGUUAAUUUCGUGAAGAGAAACAAGACAUGUCGACCAAUGGCGGCCGAUCAAUCAAUCUCUUUCUCGUUUGGUUCAAUAGGACGAAAGAGAAAGCGAUAUUGUCGGUUCGGCGCUAUUGGUCGACAUUAUGACAUUUUGUCUUCGCGAGAUAAGUAUUGGGUCACAUGUUAGGUCUACUGGCAAGAAACUUUGCUUAUUUAAGCAGUUAAUUUGAAUUAUCGAUAUGAAUGCAGCACAACACUAGUAAACACAAUAUUGUCUAUGCUUUUCUUAUGAUUUAAGGCUGAAAGCGACUGUAAGGAUGACAUAAUUUCGAGACGUUAUGUUAGCCACCCACGGUCAGAUAUACCCACAUGUUUGCAGCGCUGCCGGCAUGACGUCUGGUAAAAUUCAUCGAGUGUUAAGCCGGAUUUAUAUUUGUCUGAUGAGUCGUGUCGUGAUGCAUCAGAACAGAAUCGGUAUCACACAUUUUGUAUGGCAACGUUUACAUUUAUGUGACAUGUCGUGAUGGCUUCAUGUGUCGCAUACAAAAUAUAUGAUACCGAUUCUGUUCUGAUGCGUCACGACACGACACGUUAGACAAAUAUAAUUCCGCCUUUAGUCGCGAUGGAUAUGACAGCGAAAGUGUCGCGAUCCACACACGGUGAGUUUAACCGGACGUCAUGCCGGCAGCGCAGCAGGCAUGUGGGUAUAUCGGACUGGCAUUAUACUAAAAUAAAUCGUAAUCGUAUCGUAAAAUAAGUCGUGUGGAGUUUGUCGGUUGUAAAUAGGAAAGGACCAGCGGUCACUGCCGAGUUGUAGAAGCUGUAUAUAAAACGGUUUUGGAUUAAUUGUUAUAUUGAAUGAAUAAUAAGUAAUGAGUAAUGUUAUGCGAACAGUGAUGGGAUGUCAUUUAUAAUUGGAAAAUUAUUGGAAAAUCAAUUUAAUUUUACAGCAUUUUCAGACUAGAGGUUUUCGCUUGAACAAGCAUUUUUUUGGAAUCGCAUGUGACGCCAGCUAGACACUCAAGUUUGCCGUGAAAUCUGCAGCUUGCUUAUGUUAUGGAUGUGGGCAGUGAAAAACUGGCAUGGUUCCGAUAUUUUUUUUUCACUGCCGCAUGCCUAAUAUUCUGCAGACUUGACGGUAAACUUAAUCGUGUGCGUCUGCCAUAAGAGCUUAGAGAAGCGUCUUUUACCAACCGAUCUACUUGUACCAGUAUUGACACGCUGAUAAGAUAAGUCAGAAUUCGUGUUAGCACGAACACGCCAGAAAAAAAUACGCUAGUCUGUGACUGCCCUUAGGUACUUUUUAAACAGUUUUAAUAAAAUUUUGGUCAGUUCAAUUUUAAUUGUUUUUAAUUACCAAAUACCGUGCUAAUUCUAAUAUACCAGAGAUUUUGUAAGUGUAUAAAGAUUUCAUAGCUUUAUUGGCUGAUAAAUGAACAAUAUAUUACAAUAACGCACAAACAAUAGACAAUAUUGUACCAAUCUUAUGAGUAAACACUGUAUAAUGAAAUUGUUUGCUGUUUGAAAUGAAUUAUGAACCAUGUGUUAUGAAUAGGUCUGGAAAAGUGUGAACCAAGUCUUUAUAGAUGGAUUUCAACAAAAGUUACGUCACAUUAAAUCAAUCACCUGCUAAAAACAAAGUAUAUAGAUUUUCUGUUUUACUGAGUCCAGUGUAUUGGUAAAAUAUCGUUAACAGAGAUAUGCGUGGAUUACGUUAAAAUAUCUGUGUAUUUUUUAAUACAACCUAUUACGAUUUUCUAAAGUAAACAGAAUGGUUAAGUGAUGGAAAUGAUUUUUGGCUAUGCACUGGAUUUUUGGAAAACGAGCCGAUAACGUGCGCCGUAUGCGUUAAGGGGACUUGGCUUGGCAACGCACAGUAUGUUGUAACCAUUACACACGAUCUUCGCAUUUGUAUUGCUACAGAAGCGUAGAUACGCCAAUAGAACGCAUAGAAUCUGUUAAUACGUGUUAAACGCAUAGUAGACGCGCGUUUAAAACGCGCUUCAUCGGCUUGUUUGAAAAACCGCCGUGUUCAAAGGCCCUUAAUGGUAACUUUUGUCGUGAAUUUGAUUUAUUUUGACAGAUUUGAAGGAGUUUUGUAAUGGGAUCUACCGCAGGUAGCGCUUGUUGUGUUCCAAGCAUUAAAUAAGUAUUUAUUUUAGCUUUAAGUUUUACUAUUAUUAGUAUUUAAAUAAUAAUCUUAAGUGAUAACAAUCACAAAUAUAUUAGGCUGAAUUAAUACAUACUCAACGUACGUUCAGUUUUGUUUACGUGUUUUGUGCAGAACGAAGCGCAGAACGAUAGCAUUUUGAUCGCUUCAUCUCAGUUUAUCGCAUCACACGUGCCAUGGACGAUACGCCUAUUUAUUAUAAUCUUAUAAUAUGUUUUAUAACUACCAAUUUCAACAAGAAUGAUGGGCGUACAGAUAUUUUAACCCGGCGAUAGCUUCCACGCCCAUCUUGAUCCAAUUAUAGUUCCACAAACUUUUCUAACCCAAAACUAGAACAACCGUCGCGGCGGUCGCCAUUUUUAAAAACAUAAUACUAAAAGCACCCAGCAGGCUAAUUCUCUAACUUUGAUGUUUGUUAGUUGACAUAUACGAAAUUGAGAUUGUAUGUAAUAAUUGUCAUCCGGUGCUUAUUGGUGGAUAUCACACAGCAGGUAAAUGAUAAGUAUUUUGUCAAUUGAUUUGAUGCUUAUUUUAAUAAAGAUCAAAAUAGCUGAUAAGUUGAUGGCACUGUACAAAUGCACACUGAAUGUCGCUAUCGUGUAUAGCUUGGCAACUUCGUUCGUAACACUUCCGAUGUACCGCGGGGGGCGUGUAGCGAUGAAUGAUAAACCCACGACUGAUGCACAUCACUUCCCCGCACGCACGAUUUCACACCCGCGCAGUCUUACCCCCUGUCGCCCACAUAUCAUGGGAGUGGUAUAAACGAGCUUGCCAGACUAUAGAUAUGCGUUAAAACCAUCGCAUAGCCAUUCAUCUAUCGGCCAUUCGAUGGUCGUGAUAUCAUCCAUCGUGUAGUAGCAGUAUAAGUGCCAGCAUAUUUGGUGAUAAACUUUGGUAGCUUUAAAAGUUUGGGGUUCAAUAUAAUUAUGUUGAAAAAAUGUCAGAAAAAGUAAAUUCAAUAAUGUAUACAAUAGGUAAAAUGCGUUACACCGCGCUUAGUUUUCUACUGAAUGUACUUCAGUUGUAAAGGCGUUCUCUAACCAGCCACACACGAACAAUUUAUAGUCAAGCCUUCAGAACAAGUUAUAGUCAAACUCACAUCACUACGCUGCAGACUUGACUUGUAAACUUGAUCGUGUGUGGCUCGCGUAAAAGUUCAUCAAAUAAACGCGGUGCAUAUCGGGUGCCGGCUGGCUCUAAUGAGAUGUGAUUUUUAUCUAAGCCCAUUGCACUAAUAAAAUUAUAUUAAUAUUAGGUGGUUUUAGAAGACUUGUGUGUUUUGUAUUUUUUAAUUAAAUUAUUAAAUAGUAAUUAGUGUCACCGCUAGAUGUCGUGUAAGUCUUAUAAACAAGUAUUAAAAUAAUGACGGUUAAUUAAAAAAAAAUAAUGUAUAAAUUGUUGUUUAAGUAAAAUUUACUGAGUGUGCGUUUAAAAUUAAAAAUAAAAUAUUUUGCUAAAGCAUGCGGUAUUUUUAUACAGAAAAAAGAACUGUUAAGACGCCUUCACACUAUCCGAUCAAUGUUACCCACCUUUUUUGUCUAUAAAUUUUAGAAGUUUGCAGUAUAAAGUAGUUUCCCACAGUCUGUACGCUUAAAUCUUAUAACUACGCAGCUGUUUUUAAUGCAGUUUUCAGCAUGAGUAUGUCUAUAAAUAUCCUUUUUAUGAUACGUUAGGCUUAGUUUUUUUUAACUAGGUAGCAUCCCCAUGAAAUUGUGCAUAUUGGAUGAUUGUCAGCUUGCUGUAGUUGGUGUAAAAUGAAAUUUUAAUUUUGAUAUUUUUACUAAAAGUACAUGGUGACAAUUUUAUUUUUUAACUAUGACAUUAUCAACAUUUUUAACAAUAUUUCAAAUGAAAUUUUAAUGAAAAUAAUUAAUCUAUUUAAAAUUAAUUAAAUCAUUUUUUUGCUUUAGUCAUAAAAAUACAUUUGACUGUUAAUGUGGGUAUAAUCUUUAAAACGUGUGCAAAGUCCGAGUGUGUUUAGGUCUUAUAAAUUGAAUUCAUAUUUCGUAAUGCAUAAGAGAUUUAAGGAUCAUCGCUUAUUAGAUCCACCACGCAUCAGACCUGCUUCUAGUCGUAACGUGCAACUGAUGUCAGCCGAUAAAAAUGAUCGUGUGUUGGUCGCGAUCAGCAUGAUGUCAUGACACGACCAACACAAUCAGUUUAAUCGGCUGACAAGCCAUUAGCGCUUCAGGCAUGUGAGUCUACUUGAUCGUCAGUGGCUGACACAAGGUAAUCGGUACGGUGAAUACCUUGUUAUAAACAAUACUCACCGCACGGGUCGAGAUGAGUGCCAAAUGGUUGUAAUGAGUAGUAACCCUUAUUCUCUUAUGUAUUACAAAUUGAAUUGGCAUUGUUUCCAAUAUUUUUUUUAAGAAUUAAUUUAUUAAAAAAUUUUCGUAAUUACCUACCGCUGAAUGUUAACUCAAUGUGUAAAUGUAUUAGUGCUAAAUGUUAAUUAUUUUUAAGUCCCAUAUCUAUGUAAUGUAUUGUAUAUAAAGAAUGUGAAAACUA